UCAUUCACACUGCAGAAAGGUUUCAGUUCUAUGCAAUCUGAUCUUUUUCCACUUUUUAAAAGUUAAUUUGCUUUUACUUAGCACUAUUAUAGAACAGAUAGGUAUUUUCAAAUAGUUUUGCAAUUAAACACAAAAAUUAUAAUUUUUGUGGCGAAGUAGGUACUAGUUGGCAAAUAGUGUUCCUUUGUGUAAAACAGAAUUCUAAAUUUUCAGAAAUGGAGUCCUAAAACUAGCACUGGUCUUGCAAAUCAAGUUCUGCAGCUUAGUUUGGGAAAGGUUCCCUUUUGGCUCAAGGCUUAACUGGCUCCACCCAGCUGCUGAAAUGUGAUACAAGUUGUAACAAAACCGGAAGUUGGUUAGGCUGCCUUCGCUUCUCAAGGUAAGGAAGUGGAGGAUUAAAUGAUUUGCCCAAAGUCUCACAGUAAUUUGUAGAGCUGAGAUUGAAAUUCAGGUGAAACUUCACAUAUCACAUUCUUUUUAUCAGAUGGCAGUUUCUGGAUUUACUUUUGGUACCUGCAUACUUCUGUUGCACAUUAGUUAUGUGGCUAAUUAUCCCAAUGGAAAAGUAACACAGUCAUGCCAUGGAAUGAUUCCUGAACAUGGUCAUAGUCCACAGUCUGUUCCUGUUCAUGACAUUUAUGUGAGUCAGAUGACAUUCAGGCCAGGAGAUCAGAUUGAAGUUACUUUGUCAGGGCAUCCAUUUAAAGGCUUUCUCCUAGAAGCGCGUAAUGCUGAGGAUCUGAAUGGCCCUCCUAUUGGCUCCUUCACAUUGAUUGACAGUGAAGUGUCACAACUUUUGACCUGUGAAGAUAUACAGGGAUCAGCGGUGAGUCACAGAAGUGCAUCUAAAAAAACAAAAAUUAAAGUCUACUGGAAUGCUCCAAGCAGUGCUCCAAAUCACACACAGUUUCUAGUCACAGUUGUUGAGAAGUACAAAAUCUACUGGGUGAAGAUUCCUGGUCCUAUAAUUUCACAACCAAAUGCAUUUCCUUUUACAACACCUAAAGCUACAAUAAUACCUUUGCCAACGUUACCUCCAGUUUCCCACUUAACCAAACCAUUCAGUGCCUCAGAUUGUGGGAACAAGAAGUUCUGUAUUAGGAGUCCUUUGAACUGUGACCCAGAGGAGGCUUCCUGUGUCUUCUUGUCCUUCACAAGAGAUGACCAAUCGGUGAUGGUUGAAAUGAGUGGCCCCAGUAAAGGCUAUUUAUCCUUUGCAUUGUCUCAUGACCAGUGGAUGGGUGAUGAUGAUGCUUAUCUGUGUAUUCAUGAAGAUCAGAUUGUGUACAUCCAGCCUUCCCAUUUAACGGGGCGAAGUCACCCUGUAAUGGACUCCAGGGAUACCCUUGAGGAUAUGGCUUGGAGGUUGGCGGAUGGUGUUAUGCAGUGUUCUUUCAGAAGAAACAUUACCCUUCCUGGAGUUAAGAAUAGAUUUGAUCUAAACACAAGCUAUUACAUAUUUCUAGCAGAUGGUGCAGCUAAUGAUGGUCGAAUUUACAAGCACUCUCGGCAACCUUUGAUUACCUAUGAAAAAUAUGAUGUGACAGACUCUCCAAAGAACAUAGGAGGAUCCCAUUCUGUACUCCUUCUGAAGGUUCAUGGUGCCUUAAUGUUUGUGGCAUGGAUGACUACUGUUAGCAUAGGUGUACUGGUUGCCCGGUUCUUCAAACCAGUUUGGUCAAAAGCUUUCUUCCUUGGUGAAGCAGCUUGGUUUCAGGUGCAUCGGAUGCUCAUGUUCACCACAACUGUCCUCACCUCCAUUGCUUUUGUUAUGCCGUUUAUAUACAGGGGAGGCUGGAGUAGGCAUGCAGGUUACCACCCAUACCUCGGCUGUAUAGUGAUGACUUUGGCAGUUCUUCAGCCUCUUCUGGCAGUCUUCAGGCCACCUUUACAUGACCCAAGAAGGCAAAUGUUUAACUGGACUCAUUGGAGUAUGGGAACAGCUGCUAGAAUAAUAGCAGUGGCAGCGAUGUUCCUGGGAAUGGAUUUACCAGGACUGAAUCUUCCUGAUUCACGGAAAACCUAUGCAAUGAUUGGAUUUGUAGCCUGGCAUGUUGGGACUGAGAUUGUUCUGGAGGUACAUGCUUAUCGGCUCUCUCGCAAAGUUGAAAUAUUGGAUAAUGACAGAAUUCAGAUCCUUCAGUCAUUUACUGCAGUGGAAACAGAGGGUCAUGCUUUUAAAAAGGCAGUGUUGGCAAUUUAUGUCUGUGGGAAUGUUACUUUUCUCAUCAUAUUUUUGUCUGCAAUCAACCAUCUAUGAGCAAGCAAAGACCUUGGCUUUUGCAGGCCAAGUGAUAAUUAUCAUCAAACCAAAGAAACUUGAAGCCUGUCCUGACUGCCUGGAGCAUAUUUGUGAAUUCUCACUUGGAAGACUGGGGUCAUGUCUGUAGAGGAAUUCUGAAGUCCAGCCUUUAGAGACCAACAUUCAAGAGAGUCAUAUAGACUAUAAAUUAAUGUCAUGCCCUAUAUGUAAUUCUGGGUCUUAAAGGAAAGAUUGUACUUCAGGAGAAGUAACUCUCAAAUAUUUCAUGCCAAGAUUUUAAGAAUGUUGGUAUUUAAGAAAAUAAAUAGUGAUUUGGAAAAACACAACAGAUGUCACUAGGAUAAAAAAGAGAUAUAUUACGGUAUAUAUAUAUAUAUAUUUUUUUUUUGUUGUUGUUGUUGUUGUUGUUGUUUUUGUUUUUUUUUGUUUUGAGACAGAGUCUCGCUCUGUCGCCCAGGCUGGAGUGCAGUGGUGCAAUCUCAGCUCACUGCAAACUCCGCCUCCUGGGUUCACGCCAUUCCACCGCCUCAGCCUCCUGAGUAGCUGGGACCACAGGCGCCCGCCACCAUGCCCGGCUAAUUUUUUAAAUAUUUUUAGUAGAGACGGAGUUUCACCAUUCACAGGAUGGUCUCGAUCUCCUGACCUUGUGAUCUGCCCGCCUCAGCCUUCCAAAGUGCUGGGAUUGCAGGCAUGAGCCACCGCGCCCAGCCUACGGUAAAUAUAUUUUGAACUACAAAGGUGCUGUGGUACUUUAAAGAAAAACUAUUUUUACUAGUUUAUCUGAAUGGUCUGUGGACUUUAUUUAGAAACUGUUUUUCAGUUUAGUUUUUUGGACAUACACUUUGCUCAGUGUAUUUCAUUACUUCUCUAGUAAAGGUAGAAGUGAGGCAAAUGCCAUUGUAGGUUUUGCCAGCAUUUAAAUAUAUUAUGAAUUGCUUAGCAAUGAAAUGCAAGUAUGCAUCUUUUACUUAAAGAUACUAUUUAUGUAUUCAGCUACAGAGAUGAAAUAGCAUUUUAUGUGUUAAUUGUUUUGGCUAUAAAAUUUAAGUCCUUAUAGCAUUUGGAGAUUAUACACUUGGAUUUCAAAAUUGAUAAAACUCACCCUUGUGAACAUAUCUAAUAGAUAUUCUGUUUACUUGUAGAAAUAAUAUAAUGUGUCUGGUUCUUUUUGUUAGACAUUUUUUAUGCUCUACUGAAUCAGAAUAGUCAGUGUUAUCUUCCUUAUUUCAAGAAUUCAUCUAUUUAUGGCUACAUCUCAUAUGUGCUAUGAGGACUUCUAGCCAGUGGGUGGCGCCGUAAUACCGAAGUACUGUACUGCUUUGUUCCUGUUUCCUUGUGCUGAUUCCUUUCUAGUAUUUAGGUAACAUUAUGGGAUGGCAUUUCCCUUAAAUUCCACCAGCUUUUAAUCUUUAUUUUAAAAAUGUCUACUUUUUUUUGGGUGGUUGGGGUAAUGGGUUAAAACCUUAAAUUAGUAACCACUGUUUAUUUUCCAGUUUGUUUGUUUUCUGUGAUUAUUUAUAAUAAUUGUUUGAUAUUUGUUUUUACAGUCCCCUGAUCCUGUAAUAAUGAAUGCAGCUAUCUUAGGCAAAGCAAAUAAAUAAACUGGGCAUUUUUAAAAUAAAAAA